AUGUUUUGCUGUAGCUCUCACCCUGAUGAUGAGCCUGUGAGAAAUAAUGGCAAUGCCAAGAGCGUUGCCAAGAAUAAUAUCCAAAAUAGCAAAUCCAUAGCUACUUCUACAGCAGUGUCAAUUGGUACUCCGAAUAAUAGGAAUGUCUUAGCUUCUAGUUCGAAGUCUAAGUCCAGUGACUAUGAUGGUUCUAUGCUAAAAAAGGACGCAAAUAAUAAUACCACCUCUACCUCUAAUUUGAACGAAAAUAAUGAAAGUCACGCAAGUCAUAACAAUAAUAGUGCCAAGAAGCAAUUAGAUCCAUAUACAAUUUCACAAUUGAAAAAUAUAAACAUAACUACUACUACAACUACCGCUAAUGCGGAUGAUGAAGAUUUGAAUUUGGAUCGGGAAGAAGAAAACCAUAUUAGGAAGAAAUCUAAACAGCAUCAUAAGCAUUCUCAUGAUAAACAUUCUAAUAAAAACAAAACUCAUCACAAUAAAACGAAAAAAAAAAUUAGAACUUCUAAAAUUGAUAAAAAUGACGAUUUUGAUGAUGAGUAUUAUGCAGACACAGAGGUUAAAGUGAAUCAAGACGAUUUAAAGAAAGAGCUCGAUGAUGAAGAAGAUUUUUAUAAUGCAGACAACAGUUCCGUUAGUACCUCUCACGAAAUUAAUAGUUCAUUAUUAGAAAAGUCACAGCAUACUCCUCAUGCAGGUGAAAAUUCAACUAUGGUAGAUGAAGAAUCAAAUAUAAAUAAAGGUGAUAAUAAUAAUAUUCAGAAUGAUAACAACAAUAAUAUCAUUGUAAAUAAUAAUCCAAAUGAUAAUCUACAAGGUAGUCUUGGAGGUGAUAGUGACUAUAUAUUAGAUUUGACCGCACUUCAACCAGAUCAGUAUCAUGCACCAGGUUGUAGCUCUUUAUUACCGCCAAAGGAUUCAAAGGAUAAGCAUAAAAAAUGUUUGAUUCUUGAUUUAGAUGAAACUUUAGUUCAUUCUAGUUUUAAAUUUAUUAAUAAUCCGGACUUUAUUUUACCAAUAGAAAUUGAAGAUGGUCAAAUACAUAACGUAUAUGUCAUUAAGAGACCUGGCGUUGAUAGGUUUUUAAGAGAAGUGAAAAAAUGGUAUGAAAUUGUAAUCUUUACUGCAAGUUUGUCUCGUUAUGCAAACCCUUUGUUGGAUUUAUUAGACAAAGAUCAUAACUUGAUCAAUCAUAGAUUAUUUAGAGACGCAUGUUAUAAUUAUGAAAAUAAUUUUAUAAAAAAUUUAUCACAAAUUGGUAGGCCAUUACAUGAUAUUAUUAUUUUAGACAACUCACCUGCAUCUUAUAUCUUUCAUCCACAACAUGCCAUUCCAAUAUCAUCAUGGUUUUCUGAUACUCAUGAUAAUGAAUUGAUUGAUAUAUUACCUUUAUUAAAAGAUUUAUCACACGUUUCAGUUGAUGAUGUUGGGAAGAUCUUGGAUGUAACGAUAUGA